GCAGCCGUCUGGAAGGGGAGGGGAGCCGUCUGCCUUCCGCUUCUGGGGCUGGAUUGACACACAAUGAGGAGCAGAGAGGCCGGGGAGACGCUCCACAAACGCCGCUGUAAAUAAUUACAACAAUCACAGAGGCCGGAGAAACAUGGAGAACCAGUGCACGGUGCAGGUGAAGCUGGAGUUGGGCCACAGAGCUCAGCUGAAGAAGAAAGUGACCUCUGAAGGCUUCACCCACGACUGGAUGGUUUUUGUCAGAGGCCCAGAGACCGGCGACAUCCAGCACUUUGUAGAGAGGGUCGUCUUCCGCCUGCAUGACAGCUUCCCCAAACCUAAGAGAGUAUGCAAGGAGCCUCCAUACAAAGUGGAGGAAUCGGGCUACGCAGGCUUCAUCAUGCCUAUUGAGGUUUACUUCAAGAACAAGGAGGAGCCAAAAAAAGUAAUCUUCAACUAUGACCUGUUCCUUAACUUGGAAGGAAACCCUCCCGUUAACCACCUGCGCUGUGAGAAACUCACCUUCAACAACCCCACCAAAGAAUUCAGGAAAAAGCUCAUCAAGGCGGGAGGGAUACUGGUGGUCCCUGAGGGGGCUGAAGCUAUGUCGAGGCCCAGUCCGGACUACCCAAUGCUUCCCACCAUCCCCCUCUCAGCCUUCUCAGACCCCAAAAAGACAAAGACCUCUCAUGUAUCAAAGGAACCAAGCAAAGAAGGAAGUGGUGGAAGCAGCAAAGGACCCAAACCACACAAACUGACCAAGGAGCACCGUGAACGAUCACGAAAAGACUCUGAGAGCAAAGGGUCGUCCAAAGGCGACGACCGAGAUGGGAGCAGCAAAAGUGGUCGUGACCCUUCCUCGUCCUCCUCUUCUAAAAAGCCAUCAGAGAUCAAAGUGAAGGACGAAGUGAAAGUUCAGCCGAAGGCGGCCUUCAAGGAGCCCAAGCUCACCCUGAAGGAGUCGAAGAUGGACGGCAUGUCCCCUAAAGGAGGGGGGGCAGGAAGUGGCGGGGGAGGCGGAGGAGGAGCGGUGGAGGCCAAAGCUCCGGGGAAACGCCCCUCCACCGUGGAGUCCCCCAAACCCAGCGCCAAGAAGCAGAAGAAGGGCAGCUCCGACGGGCUGAAGGGACCGACCGGCAGCGCGUUCACUGGGACGUCGCCGCGCGUCUCUUCGUCCACGGCCGUCAGCCAGUCCUACGGCGAGAAGAAGCCUUCCAAGGAGAAAGGCCGCUGGCCACCCAAGAACAAAAAUGAUGCCCAGGAGUUGAAGGAGCUCAAGAAACUUCCAGAGUCGGAGGAGUCCAAUUCAGAGGAUGAAGCGUCGUCAAAGUCAGAGCAAUCAGCUGCUUCGAGUCCUUCCAACUCUACUUCCAGUUCUGACUCCAGUUCAGAUUCAGACUUUGAGCCUGGACAAAAACCAGGGCAAGGCCCGCUCAGAUCCAUGGUGGAAGAGAUCCAGUCAGAAGAGUCGGACGAUGACGACAGCAGCUCAGAAGAAGAGACGCCCGUCAAAACCAAUCCCCCCAACCGCGACUCUCGACUCAGCCUGGACAGCGAGAGUGACAGCAGCGAUGAAUCGCACCGCCCCAGUCGAGACCCCGCCCCACCCCCACAGAAACACGGCUCCUCCAACAACAAAGUUGUCCGAAAAAGUCCAGAUUCCUCUUUUCGCUCGGAGAAGGUGAUGAAGAAGGGAUACGACAAGGUAGGAAGGGCCUACACAGAGGAGCUGGUGGACCUCCACCGCAGACUGAUGGCAUUAAGGGAGCGAAACGUCCUGCAGCAGAUUGUCAACCUGAUCGAGGAGACCGGCCACUUUAACGUGACAAACACCACCUUUGACUUUGACCUCUUUUCAUUGGACGAGUCCACCGUCCGCAAACUACAGAGCUACCUGGAGGCGACGGCCACGUGACAGGAAGCGGCAGGGGCCGGCGUGUGGAUGUCAGCGGCAGAGGUAGCCUCGCCAUCAUGCCUGCUCUUUGCGGAAGAGACGAGCAGAAACGUCUGUCGCGGCCUUUUCACGAGCCUGACUGAAGCAUCGAACAACCACACCACGAAACAGAAACACACGAACAGUCGCAAGCACACAACACCACCUUCACGUGACGCUGGGGAGGAAACAGGAGGAGGAGGAGGUGGUGUGUGAGGAAACGCCGGAGCAUCUGACCUCCGUCUGGUCAGGGUUUUCACUACACACACUUCGAAUCUGUGCCGAGCUGAGGAAUUCGCCCAACAAACCCCCACCCCGUUCCUCCCUCCUGCACUUAAACCGCUCCCGCCUUUGCAAACCUAAUACUUCCCCUCCUCCUCUCCUCCUCCUUCACAUGCACACUCCUGUCUGAGCAGAACACUCCGGCCCCUGCGUUGUCAGCUGGAGCUCAUUUUUCUUCCAACACACUCCUGAGUUGCGUGUGAACGCCGUCCGUGAGUCUGCGCGCGACUUGUUCUGCUGAGGUUUAAGAAGACAUGUUGUCUUUGUGGUCACGGACUUCUUUGUUUAUGAAACUUGAGCACAAACAGCCGGUUGCAUUUCUACCACCAGUCACUCGCCAACAAGCACACUUUGCCCUGCUAACCUCCACCCCCCUCCCCCCGUUUGGCAUUAUUAGUUUAUAAGCACUGAAAAUGCUUUUAACACACUUUAGUUUUCUUGUAAAUGACAGAAAAAGAUUUUCGACAUUUUUUUAUUUUGAGUUUUAAAAAGUAAAAACAUUGAUUUUCUGUUAUUUUCUUUCGUCUAUGUAAAGUUUUUGUUACAGAGCUAAUUGAUGGCUGUCUUCCAGAACGGCUAGUUUUUUAAAUCACUACAGAAAAGAUUAAUAAUUGCCUCAGUGUUGCUUCAUUAUCAUUAGAUACAAAUUACCCUGAAAGUAGCACACUUUUGUUUUUAAUUUAAAAAAUUUUAACUUUUGUCAUUAAAAUUCAAAAUUAAGGUUACUUCAGCUAAGAUUAAGAAAAGAGAGGCUGUCCGGUUGCAACAAAUUGAGAUUGAGUUUGAGUUUAAUUAGAUAAUAAAUGACAAAGCAACAACGAAUAAAAAUAUAUUUUGAGUUUAUAUUGAAUUACUUUGCAUUUUAGCUACAAUCAGACUUUCAUUUAAGCUUUCAAGCGAUCUAUUCUUUCUUUCUAUAGCCUGAAAAGCUUUCCACCGAGUACUGAAACAUUUUUUCAAGGAAAAUGUUGUUAAAAGCUUAAAUUACAUAUCUAUGACUCAUGUAAAAAAGGCACCUAAACUGAAGGGAUGAACACGUUUAAAAUCGGCAAGAUUUUCUCUGAUUGGCAGCUCAACAGUUUUACAAUAGCCACUUUUCUUGAAUUGCAGAAAAAUCAGGGGAAAUGCUUUGAUGCCUAAAUGUUAAUAAUUUUUAAGCCCUUUUUUCUGUUGAAUUAAAACAGAAACAUCUUUAUUCAUCUCUCUAUUGAAAUCCGUAGAAACUGUAAUCAUCCUCACAGAAAAUUUGUGUCAACCAGCAAAAUUCUAGCAUCUUUACCAACGAACAACUUUGCUGAAAGAUUCAUUGUUACGGUACGAAAUAGAUCGGAAGAGGAUCUUUCUGUGAUCAAAAACUAAAACGUUUUGAUUUUAAAACUAAGGAAAAAAUAAUACGGUGAUGGUUCAGGUUUUGGAGAAAACUUGCUAAAAAACAAAUUAAGAGUAAAAGUUUUGCCCAGUGCUCUGUGUCAUUAUUGCCUUUUUUUGUUUUCAGUGCUUGUAAACGCAGUAAGGAGGGGUUGUGGUGAAGUGAUGCAUAUUUUCUCUUGUGUGUCUCGCUCUGGUUUUAAGCCGUCUGUACAUUCAAAAACACGUGUUCUGUUGCGUUCCUGUGCUUUCCCACUGAAAGCUGAGCCUUGACCUCCAGCAGACCCCUUAAUGCCCCCCUGUACCCCAUACUGUUUCCCCUCUGCUCUGCGUGAAUGAAAGGGCUCCAAAGCUCCUGGCCACAGCAGUGGAGGUUUGCUCCUGAAUUUGCCUUCUAGGUGGGGUGGAAAAAAAGAAAUAAAUAAAAAUGACAAAAAACAACAACACAGUAGCCAUACUUCCCAAAAAACAAAGAGGAGAGGAAAAAAAGGGGGGGGACACACACGCUUUUUUACAUUUUAUUUUUCUACAAGUGCAUUUUGUGUAUUUAUUCCCAAGACAACCUGUGAGCUCUGAAUGUAUAUUGCUUUUACUUUUUUACGGCUUGCAACAGCCCCACUCCAGUGCCUUUUCCUGCAGCGCGCAGCACUAAGCGGGGAGUGUGCGCUCUGCUAGCGACGCUCACACAGAUUGAAGACCCCACCCUCCACCUCCUACUAUAUGCCCCUCCUGGGGCGAACAAGUGUUAAUUGGGAUGCCUGAACAUUCAGUAUUGUCUUAAUGGUUCCCAUCCCUGCUGUGGUCCUUCUUUUUUUUUUGUUAAAUCAAGAAUAUCUCCUUUAGUCCAACAUAAUUGAUAGUUUUCGUGGAUGGUGGUCAUCUUUUUUUCUGUUCUAAGGUUAGGGUUUGUAAAAAAAAAAAAGAAAAAAAUGGAAAAAAAACAUCAAAAUACUGUGGUAGUUUCUCACUUUAAUUAGCUCGAGCUUUUUUUGUUCUGCGUUGUGUUUUUGUGUUUGUCGUCGUUGAUGAGAAGGGUCUGGCCCUCUCCGGCCGUUUGAUCGUCGUACGGCGUAGCGAUCGAUCGCAGGACGCCAGGCACUUAAACGGCUACAAUAACGAGCGCGAAGGCAGAUGGAAAAGAAACGCUCCUCUUCCCCCCACGUGGCGUCCAUUAAUGGCGGAAACGUCCCACUGAGGCCUGAGUCGAGACAGCAGCUCGAUUGAUCGGAUGGUCUAGAAAAACUGGCUCACCUUCAUUGUGCUAAUUUGCAAAAGUUUACACACUCCUGAAACAUUUUCUCAUGUGAAGUCUACCAAAUUUACCUCAUUUUGUUUGGAUUUCAUACGAUCACAUAAGAUAACGAGGAAAAUAUCUACACCCGUUCUUCUGAUUGGGUCAACACAAGGCUUAAAAAUAAUUUUUUUGUAUCUGAUUUGAAUUUAAUCAGUUUUUCUUCUUUUCUAAAAAUUAAAUUAGAGAGAAAAUAUUUUCAAAAAGUGGCUUUUAUUGCAAUCAUUCUGUGAUUUCUACAGGGCCAAAGCUACUAUAAAUUUUGCUUAAUUCAUGAUAUGAACAGAAAAAAAGCAGUUUUACCAAUUUUAAUGAGAAAAAAGCUGAUGUGAUAUGAACAGCUCAGUCAAAGUUUUAUUUUUACGUUUUCUCCGUCGUUUCGAAGCGUAUUUUGAUGCCGAUGUGUUAAAAGACAAACUAUUUAUCUUUAAACAAACACCAAAGUAGAACUUCAACAUUCUUCAUUUGAAUUAUUUUUAAUGUUGGAGUUCUUAUAAAAUUACUACUUCUUUCUCCUAAUGUUGGCUGUAUUUUUGUAAUAUGACUUUAUUCUUGUAACUUAUAUUUAUUCAGGACUCACUGAUAUGGACAAUUUGGGCCAGUGCCGAUAUCUCAUGUUGUUAACCCCGUCCUGAAACACGAACAAUGAUCAGAUGGAAAUUAACGCGUUACUAGUAUCGGACCGAUACCAGCAUUGAUACCGAUAUAUCUUCCAUCUAUGAUAUUUAUUUAGAAAACUCUAACUUUCGUCGCAGCUGCAUAUCUAACAAUUCAUUUUUGCCCAGAUAAAACUUAAUGCAAGUCAGUUUUGGUUAAUAGAUGCUUGUAAUUCAGCGUAGAAAUGUUUUUCUUUUUUUUUUUCUCUCGAGAGGAUAGAAGUAUUUAAAAGCCUGAACGCUUAUUUAAUACUAACGUAUAACCUGAAUUCAAGAGAAGUUUGGGAAUUAAAAAUGGAGAUUUAUGUUUUGAACCCCGUCAUUUUUACUUUUAUGUGAAAUUAGUAAAACUGGUUCCUGGAAAUCAAACGUUCUGGGUUAUGAGAUUUAGCUGCUGUUGUCUGUUAACUCAAAUUAAAUCACAUCUGUAAUGUUUUACUUAAUCAAACUAAACAUAAGGAUGUAGGUAAACCAUCUGAUGAUAAAUGUAGAAGUAACAAGCAAUAAAUUACUUUUUUUUUCAUCAGGCACUACUGUAAACAGCUAUAAAAACAAACUUUAGAGGGUUUUCCUCUCUUUUGAAUCUGUAUGUUAUUUUAGUGGUUAUUUUUUUAAUUUACCCUGUUUGUUUGUUUAGCGGAUUAUUUUCCCUCGGUUUAGUCAUUUGUUACAGUUUCUCCUCCAUCAGUUUCAGUGAGACCAGAGAUCAUCGUCUUGAAUCAGGCCCUCAGUGUGUUUGGAACACACACACACUCACACCGGCCUACUGUGGGACAGUAGAUGAGUGGGAGCUCGUCUCCCUCGUCUGCCCACUGUGUUUUUAUUCUGAUAGCUUUAAUUCUUCCUCUCUUCGUUUCUCUUCUCUGCCUGGCUCCAUUUUUAAAAUCAGAAUAGAAACAAACGGAUCCGCGCGGCCUUACUCACCCUGCCGGUUGCCUCCUGCCUCUCUUUCUUCCUUUUUCUCUUUCCCCCGCUCGCCCUCUCGCUCGCCCGCCCGCCCGCCCCUCCCUCUCUCACCCGCUGCACCUCCAUUUCCUCGAGGUGCGCCUCCCUCCGUCAACUGAACUCCUGGCCGCGAUCGCUGAGAACGAACUCUGAAGCUGACAUAGGAAAGAAUCGAUGAAGAACAACUUUCCUCUUUUUCUGUGCACCAACUUGAGAACUUCUAGGUCCUAGUUCAUGAACUCUGACCCCUGACCAGGCACUCAUUCAGGGGGGAGUCACGAUGGGAAACUCUCCUUCCCCCAAGUUUUAUUUAUGGACCUCUGCACUUUUGGCUGUGAUGACUUCAUUACUUAAGUAGUUACCGAAACUGUAUUUUUAAGGAUUUUAUACAAUAUUUACAUGCAAUACAAUAUAAAUUGAUUUGUUUUUCCUUUGCCAAUCUUGUUGUUUUUGUUUAAUUUUGUUUAUUUUGGCAUAUGAUGUCAUUAUUUACAAACAGACAUGGCCAUCAAGUCUAUUUUAGGCACAUUGUUAUCCCGAUGUGAUUUUUUGUAUUUUAAUGAAUCUGAACACCAAGAAGCAGGAGGAAAAAUAGGCUUGCCUGUUUUUUUAAUUUUUAUUUCUAAUAUUGCCAGCUGGGCCUGGAUGAGAUUCUUAUAUUAUGAAAACACACUGGUUUACGGUAUAAAAGCAGAAAUCUGAACAAAUGUUCAAAUUGCUUUCAUUUAAAACAAGAAAAGCAAAAAUAAUUGCAGCUGCUACUAAAAUAUUUCCUAAUAUUUUGAGCGAUGCACCACUUGGCCGGUCAGAUAUCGGAAUCGGAUGAUUUUCUGUUGAUCGGUUUUGAUCAGUGAGUCAAAUAUUUUUAAAAAAUCAUUCUUUAGUUUCCUUUUAUCUGUAAAACUAAGAGCUGCCAUUAUUUUUUCUAUAGUUUCACCAACAAACCGCUUUAAUUUUGGUACAAGUUAAUCCAAUAAUUUAGGGACUUUUGCUUUCAUUUAGAAAUGGGGACAAUCUCAUACUUUUUUCUGUUGGAUUUAGCACUAUUAUCUCAGCCAAUAAACCUUUACUUUUAUUUAUUUUUUGGUCAAAAUUUCUCUUGGCGAAUCAGAAUUGGAGAAAUCAGAAAAUCUCUGGUGAAAGCCUGAUCGGUGCAUCGGAUUGUAAUACAUAGACCUAAUCCUAAUUUAGUAGUAGUUGUGAUUUUUGGGCAGAAUAUUCAAACUUUUUGACAUUAUUCACUAUUUAGAUAAACAGAGUUAGAAUAAAGUCGUGGUAGUUGUGUAUUUAGGUUGACUAGCUGUAAAUUAAAACAUAGUAUUGAUGCAUCGAUCAGGAUUUACCAAUUUCUGCCUUUGUUUCUGGUUAAAGUCACGUUGAGUCAAACCUUCAAUAAUUUCAGAUUCCUAUAAAACUAAAAAGGAAAAAGAACAAAUAUGAAAGUAAAUAUGUCCUAAUUUAAAGUAGGGCUGGGCGAUAUGACUUAAAAAUAGCAGAUUCUUCUUUUUUUUUUAGUCAAUUCAACUUCUGAUUUUAAUCUUUUUUUUCUUCCCGUUAAAAAAUAUACAAAUGACGGAAAAUGAUGCUUGUAUUUCAAUUAUUUAUUUUGUGAGUUGACCUAAAUUCGCAGUCAAAAUAAAUGGAUGUUAGAUGUUCUGAACUAACGGAAACCCCAAAAAAUCUAGAUUUUCCAAAAGUUAAAUGUUCAAAAACAGAACAUUUGAUUAAUCUGCAAAAUGAAUUUAUCAAAGCAGCAAAAGUAAAAAGUACAUGUAUUCUAAAAGCUCUAGAAAUCGGUUAAAAUCCUUAUUGGCAGUUCAAAGCUUUGCUUAAAAAAUUAAGAUUGGAAAACUUUGAAUCCAAUGGAAAACGCAGCCUUAAAUGAUGAUCUCUUAAUUUUGAAUUAUUUAAAAGGGAAUAAAAGCUUAAAAAUUAAAUUUUCCAAGUUUGACCCACUGAUUGGAGCCGAUCAAGGGAAGAUCUGCUGCCUUACCGUUUGGAAAGUUUCUACAUCAUGAACACCGGGAAGCUGGAUAACUUUUUAAGAAAGCUAAAUUAGUUUUCAACAUACAGAAGGGUAGGAGUUUCAGCCAGCUUCCCUGCAGUCCGCAGCAAUAUGUAGUUGGACAGGAAACACUAGGGCGGAGCAGUGUGGCUUCAGAUUUCAGAUAAAUACCAGAUUGGAAAAAUAAUUUCUUCUCUGAAAAACAAAACAAGACUGGAAGUAUUUUCAAAAAAGUUUGUAAUUUUGCUAAAUUAUGAGAAUAAAGUCAUAAGAAUAACAGAAUAAAGAGGCAAUUUUAACAGAACGUCUUAUAAUUGAUAGAAAAAAGUCAUUUUAAUGAAAAAUGUUUUAAAUUAACAUGACCAACUCAGUCCGAUCAUUUAUUUUUCUUCUAAAUUGACUCCUGUUAUUGAUGAUAAUUCGAUGCUGAUGUGUUAAAAUAUGAAAUAUAACCAAAUUUUUGGUGUAGUUCUCGAAUAAUUACUUGUUCAUUCUCCUAAUAUUACGACUUUAUUCUUAUGACAAAAGUAUCCUGUCCUUAAAAUUCAAAGUCCAGCUAAGUAGAAGCUGUAAAACAUAAAGGACUUUGAACUAUGGAAACACAAAGAUUACAUUGGUGGGAAAAAGAAAGAUAGAGAGAAAAAAAACAGAUUUUCCAAAAGUUAAAUCUUUAAAAUCCAAAUAUUUAUUAUCCAGGCUAUGACUGCUAAAAUAUAAUCUGUGCUUUUUGCUGCUGGAAAUUUAACAUCGAAACAGAAAAAUUUGCCUUUGUAGGCCUGGAAAAAGGACAAUUUUAUCUGUUUUAAAGCUGUAAGUUUUUAAAAUCUUGAUCCCAGUAAGCGACACAUUCCCAGUAUAAAUAACUGGACAAGAGGAGGAGGAAACCUGAAGUCCACACUUUCAUUCCUGGACUUGAGUCAGAAAAACUGACUUCCUGCAUCAUAUCUAGUUUUUAGUUUCAAACAUGGACGUCUGUUAUUAAUUUUUUAUUUGUUUAUGGAACAAAUACAUCCGGAUGAGUUGCACAGUGAAGGCAGCUGCCGCCGCCUCUGCUCAGAUUCAGUGCAUUUUGUGCCUUGAUAACUUUUAAAACAACCAGAAAAUAUUUCAGUUCCGCUCCUCCUCCACUGAGCUGAGGAUCAUGGGUAAUGUAGUGAAGUGGGACUGAUGAAAGAAAGCAGCAGAAAAAGCCUUUGCUCUGUAACUCUGUGAGGCAGCUCGGACUAUAUUAUAUGUAAGUGUUGUGGCGCUGCAGCGGAGGGUUAUCUACUGUGUGGCUCUUUAGCAGAUGGAGGGGAGAUGCGGCGCCGGGCGGGAGGGCGCCAUGUGCGUACCGGCUGUUUCCUGUGUCGUUUGUGUCAUAAUGUUUCUGUGACUGAGGGGACAGGGUUGCUUGUAUUUAUAAAGGUUUGAUUUGUUUUCUAACUGGGGGUAACAAGGGAGGGUUCAAAAAGAACGUUCCGCGUUUGUGUUCAAAGCGACGACUAGAAGAACAAAUGAUGAACUGGACGGCAAAAAGAACAAUUUGGUAUUUUUAAAACGAAACAAAACUUGGCAUUGCGAUGCCACCAUGUGGCCAUAUGAUGCAAGUUCAUGACGAGGAUGAAACCUUUAUUUUAAUGUAAUUUUUUUUAUUAUUUUGAAAUCAUAUUAUUAAUAAAGUCAUUAAGAACUGAAA